UUGCAGGUCUGCGGCCCCAGCUUCUUAAAAAUUCGUGACACUUUCAAGCGCGUGGAGGAAAAAAUUGUGAAGACGCUAAGGUUAACUCCGGAAUUGUUGAAAUCACUUCAGGAGAGGCUGAAAAAAUGGCGACCAAUCAAAAACGAUAAGGUUGAAGAGGCGGGAGAUUCUAUUGAAGAGAUCAAUGAAAACAGUCAAGUUGGUGAAGAUCUUUACCAAGCGGACAUGGUUCUGACAGUUGAGCAGGCUGAGGAAAUUGUUGAGGGUAUAGAAGAACAGGACGGGAAGAGUCGUACGAAACGUCAGGCAUUCAAAGACCACAGAUAUCCGAGGAUGACAUGGUCAGAAGGAGUAAACUUUUACUUCCAUGAAAGUGCCAGCAAGGAGGUGCGAAGUGCCUUCAUAAAAGGAGCGAAAUUAUGGGAGAAGGACACCUGCAUCAAUUUUGCUGAGAAUAGCUCAGCUACGGACCGAAUAAUGGUGUUUCCGCAGCAAGGUUGCUGGUCGUUCGUGGGAAAAGUCGGAGGUGAACAGAAUCUGUCGUUGGGGGCAGGUUGUGAGUCAGUAGCAACCGCUGCUCACGAGAUUGGUCACGCUCUUGGACUCUUACAUACCAUGUCUCGUUACGAUCGUGAUGACUACAUCACACUCAACACCGUUAACAUCAAGUCUCCAGCCGGAACUGUUAUCCAAGUUAGGUUGAAGGAUUUCUCGACAGGUCUUUCUGUUGAUGGAUGCAAGUAUGCCGGUGUAGAAAUCAAGACCAACAAAGAUCAAACACUCACUGGCUACAGAUUUUGCUCGCCCGACGCUGCCGGAAUAACCCUUCAGUCGUUUACAAAUCGUGUUCCGAUAAUGACAUACAACAGGAUUUACCAAUCCAAGACUGUCCUCGAAUACCGAUACGGCACGUACUCUACUCCUUUUCGAUUCAAAAUAAUUUACUAA